CCGAGCAGGGAACCCAAGAGGAGGAGGAGGAGGAGGAGGAUGAGAAGUUGUUGAGGAGGCGCCUGGUGGGGGAAGAUGGCUGACUUUCUGAAAGGGUUGCCAGUUUAUAACAAAAGCAACUUCAGCCGAUUCCAUGCAGAUUCUGUAUGCAAGGCAUCAAACAGAAGGCCUUCAGUUUAUCUUCCAACACGGGAAUAUCCAUCAGAACAGAUAAUUGUCACAGAAAAGACAAAUAUUCUCUUGCGUUACCUACAUCAGCAGUGGGACAAAAAGAAUGCAGCAAAGAAAAGAGAUCCUGAGCAAGUGGAAAUAGAAGGUGAAAACUCGGCCCCACCUCGCAAAAUUGCCCGGACAGACAGCCAAGAUAUGAAUGAGGACACUUAAAAUUCUCUCCAGUCUUCUGUGUUAAAAUUUACAGGCGCUUCCUGUGUGGUUUUUUUUUUUUUCUGUGUGUCUUUCAGUGUGUACACAGACACGCACAUGUACAUACACACGCGCACAUUUCCAUCAGCCCUCCGCCUUCCCCAUCUCUUCCAUCUGCCCUCCAUUGUGCAGCCUCUACCAUUUCUGACUUUGCAGAAGCCAAUGUAUUUAUUUUAGGGGUGGGGAGGGGAGGUUUCUUCUUCCAUUUUUUUGUAUUAUUUAUGCGUGCGCGCGCGCGCUUUCAUGGUCAGAGCAAGUCAGAAAGUAAUGAUGUUUAAUCUGUGAUCAAUGCUUUUUUUAAAAAAUGAAAAAAAAACCCCACUUUUGUGGCUAUCCCUUCUUUUCUGUUACAAGAUGAGCUGAUCUCUCGAGAGGGAGCUCAGUUCAUGCUGACAGCCCCCCCUCCGUUGUGUCCUCUCCUCUGUUCAUAUUAUCGAGAGUAUCCAACUCGCAAUUACUGUACAAUUACUGGUGUGUCAUGAGUUACUUUUGUUUCUAUAACAGGAGGAACUUGGAAGGGGGAUGCUGAUUUCUUACCCAUCCUUCUCCAGGUGCGUUCCUACUUGCAUACCAUUUUCUGUUUCCCAGCGGCAGUGGGGGGUCAGGUUGUUUGCAGUGGUCCCUCUUCAGCUGAUGGUCUCUAGCAGAGAUCCUACCCAUUUUGCUGGCAAAUGUUGUGUUAUCAUGUUACCUUCUUUGGCCUGUCUCCUCCUCCUCCACCCUCUGGCUCCCCCUCCCCACAUUGGCUGUAGAUUGCAAGCAAAAAAAAAAAAACACUUUGGCUUGCCCUGCAUCUCUUUUGCACCACUCUUUGAAUGGACCAGUUCUGUGCAACUUUUCGAGUAGAAUAAAGCAGGAUAUUUCUCACCA